AGCUGGCAGACUCUGGGCUGGUCCUGACGGGCUGGCUGGGCUCCGGGCGGCUGUCUGUGCGCGUCAGACGGUCGUGGGGGAGACUUCCAUCAGCACUCAGCGUCUCCCCGAGUGCGGAGAGGAAAAAAAAAAAAAAAAAAAAAAGGCAGAAGAGACACGGGGACAGCUGCGCGAAAACAAAACAAACAGCCCUACCUCGGCAUCUGGAAAAGCACCGAAGAAGAUAGAGACGAUCCUCUCCCUCUACCCCACAUCCCGUAGCCAACCCGCCCUAUCUAUCCUACCCACCACUUCGUGCCCUCCCACCCCCCUUGGAGAAGCAAGACCACCCAUAGGAACCCCCCGACUUGACCAGCGUUGCCAUUAAGCGAUGCGCUUUGAAUUUAGGAAGAAAUCACCUAUGCGCUUUUGAUGCUCAACACAACCAGUGGUCUUCGUUUUUCCUCAGCGGGAACAGUUCAGGCUACGGAUCUGGGUGUUUGCACUUUCUUGACGGGUUUCCAGUGUCGGGAUAACAUGCAAAAUAUCACCCCACGACAACAGAUAAGGCUGUCAUCCUCUAGAUAAGCCUAUAUUUAAACAACCAGCUGUCACAUACGCUGCGUUUAAGCUUAUGUUUGAUUUUCAAUGCUUAGAAAUAAUCCUGACAAUGGUCUGCCAACGGACCGCCUCUCCAGACACCUAGUUUUAUUUUUCCAAGACGUGACAGCUGUUUAUUUCGUUUUUGACGAAGAAAAAGCGACAAACUGACGAACAGUGUCUUGACACCGACGCCGUUAGAGCCACAGGACUUUGCGUGCGAAGUUUGCACCGGAGAGACUGGGACCAAGCCGGAGAUAUCUCGACCAUAUCCACGGCAUUUUCGCUGCAAGGAGGGAGGUCUGCACAAAGGUCUGCGAUCAUGCUGUCCCUGGACGAGCCUCUGGACCUGAAGCUCCCCCGGAGGGCCAACGGGAAAGACAGAGGGGCGCGCUCUCCUCUCCUCUCACCGCUGCACCCCAAACGUGCUCGCCAGCUCCACAUGGCAGACGAUGGAACAGCAGUCAUAGAGCCUGCCUCACCAGCAUCUCCACACACAGGUGUGCAGGUGGUCCCUCAUGAUCGAACAGACACCCCCACUCCCCCUGCAGUGGACCUGAGCAUGUCUCCAUCCUCCCGCCACACUCCCAGUUCUCCAGAAAUGACCAAUGGAAACUACAUCCCCUCAAGUAAUUCUCAUAUCUCACAGGCCUUCCAGUUCUUUGUGCCAAUUGGACACGGGACAGGACUUCACCUGCCAUCGUCCAUGUUCAUUGGCCAGACAAGUGACAAGAGAGCUUCUCCUGACCUUUCAGCAGAUGAACAACUAGCCUGUCGUUGGAAGAAGUGCCAUCUGCUCUUUGACUCCCUGCAAGACCUGGUGGACCAUGUUAAUGAUUUCCAUGUCAAACCUGAGAAGGAUUCUGGGUACUGCUGCCACUGGGAGGGCUGUGCUCGCAAAGGCAGAGGGUUUAAUGCUAGGUACAAAAUGCUCAUUCACAUUCGCACUCACACUAAUGAGAAGCCCCAUCGCUGUCCCACCUGCAACAAGAGCUUCUCACGCCUGGAGAACCUCAAGAUACACAAUCGCUCACACACAGGUGAAAAGCCCUACAUUUGUCCGUAUGAGGGUUGCAACAAGCGCUACUCCAACUCCAGCGACCGCUUCAAACACACACGCACACACUACGUGGACAAGCCCUACUACUGCAAGAUGGUGGGCUGCUUGAAGCGCUACACAGACCCCAGCUCUCUCCGGAAGCACAUCAAAGCCCAUGGCCACUUUGUGACUCAGGAGCAGGGCUCCUCAGGUGGGGUGGGCUCCCUGCUGAAGGGAGGUCAGAGCGGGGGGCUUGCCAGUGGUGGUGGGAAAGAUUCAGAAUUGUCCUAUGUGAGUGGAGCCCACAUUAUAAUCCCAGGGGCAGCGGCUGCUCUCCUGGGAGGCCAUGCUCUGCAGGGCCUCGGUGGGAGCCUUCCCCUGUCCCCUCUCAGUUCUCGGCCCUUGGACCUCAGCACACUGGGUUGCGCCAAUUCCCCUCCUGGCAGCUUGGGAGGCACGUCCAUCCUCUCCUUCAGCGGCUCUCCACUGGGUCUGACAAAGUCCCAUCUGCUCUCCCCUGCGUUCCCCUCCUCGGCCCUGGGCCUGCCAAUGGUGCCAGUUCUGGGGGCCACGUCUGAACACGGGGCCCAGAGCCACCAGGCGAAGAAGGGAAAAGGAGAGGAGGUAGAGAAUGAGGUGACUGGGGGGGCCUUGAACCUCUCCACAGGAGGGUCUCAUGAUCCUUUGUCCUGGGUGGUCAUCCCUCCAGGCACUGUGGUGCUCAAGCCAGCUGUGGUCAACUGAUACACAUACACAUUUUACUAACACACAUUCCAGAAGAGCUCAGGGGUCGGGAUGGGAGGGUCAAUGCCAUAGUGAGGGUAUGGGCGGUCAAAGGUGAUAGGGAUUGGCUUGCACAAUCAAAUCCAGGCAAUGCAUUUGGGAAAGAGAAAAAAAUAGAUAAACUUAAUGAAUAAAAACAAAGAAAAAGGACAGAGAAUCAUAUCGAAUCGGCAAUCAUCAAAACAAUUCAGAACACCACACCUCACAAGAAAAAGUGUACAACAGAAGCCUGUUGCAUCGUUGGCAAAAACUAAACUUGGGGCCCAAAUGCUCUGUUCAGGAAACUUGUAUGGGUAUGUAUUUUUAAGGCUCCUCUUUUAUUUUUUACUCUGUUCAUUCCUGUUUGCCGUUUCUAUGGACAAGGACCAUGAACAUGACAGUCUUAGUGCUCUGUGUUCUUACAAAAGUCCUCAUUCAUUGACAAGUAUUUAUAAGACUGUACUUUGACAGUGUGCCUCCAGCUUAGCAGUGAGAUACACACACAUACACACACACACACACACACACACACACACACACACACACACACACACACACACACACACACCAUGUAUUUAGGCAAAUAGGAAGAUUCUCAGAUCAUUUUAAAGUUAUGACCUAUUUUUCACAGGGUGCUGUGAUUAAUAUGAUCCAGACAAGCUUGCCAAACCAAAGCAAGUGAACUCAAAUGUAUUUGUGCGGGAGGCUUUUUCAGCUCCGAGACAAGUCAAUUAAACACAGCAUAGCGUCAACUGGCUAUAGUAUUGAAACCUCAAAACUGCUGCUAACUAUUGACAAUCUGUCCCCAGCUUGGGGAGGGUGACCAACAUAGACCAGCCUAGUCCACCAGAAUGUGUACCAGGUAUGCAGACUAGGGGCUUUUAAGGCACAGAGCGAACUGAGGACAUAACACAGACAAAUGGUGUUACAUCACCUGGCAAUCACCAAUCUUUUUUUUUUUUCCAAGUGAGAUUUAAGGCACUGGUGUGCCUGACUCCCCCCUCUGGUAGGACAUAACACAACAUCCUGCUUGCCUUUUACAGAACUAGCACUGUUUUGCUCCUGGAUUGUCCAGCUGCUUUCCCGUAAUUGAAUCAACACGGCCAGUUUGUGUGUGAAAGGGCCACUGUGGCGAUAAACACUACUGUCUUGUAUUUUUUUUUUUAAUUUUUAAGUAACCUGACCCAAAACCAGCUGUGAAAAACAGGUGGUGGUCCAGACUUAAGUCCAACUCGGAGCGGUCAGGUGAAGUUUUGCCACCAAGUUCAACAAGUUUCUACGCUGUGCCAAAAGUACCUGGAAAACUGCAAGCAGGAUGUUCACAUUGUGCCACAG